AGGAUGGCAGGGGUUGGUCGUCAAGGGAAGCGAAAAUUGGAAGAGGAAAUUAGUGUAAAUACAAAGGAGAAUAAUGUGGAAACAGAAGAGUAUGAUUCUGAUGAUGAUAUGUAUGCUGGUAACCAAAGGAUGACCCGAGAAAUGCGGGACGAGUAUAAUAGACAGAUUGAUGAGAGCGAGGGUUUUGAUAUCACUUUGGAUGUGGAAUUGGGUGUGAGUAUUGGAGCUCCAAUUAUUCCACACCGGAGGGGUAAAGAGCACGGCCCAAAGUUUGUUGAGAUAUCCUGCCUAGCCAUUGAUGCUUACAAUUUACAGAAUAAUAAAAUAUUCGAAUUUGUCGAAAAUGUGACUGUGAACACAUCACUUGCUGCUGGAUAUUGGUGUUACAACACCUUUCGAGCCAGGGAUUCUGAUGCUCCCAACGCUGUAAAGACAUUUCAAGCAUUGGGGUACUGGGGAAUUAGUGGAAAGAGAAUUAUUUCAUUUUGCAGGCUUAAGAAAACAUCCAGUGAUGAAGGUGAUGAGUGCCCUCCUGAUUCCUGUGUUGAUGUGAAAGGCUGAAAGCUACAUAAUAAGCUUGUCAUCUCUUUAAGCUCGUCAGUCUAACUCUUGUAGUAAUUAUUGAAAAUGUAGUGUCAUUUACUUGUGUUAUUAUUAAGACAUGAAAAAAGUGUUGUGAUGUAUCUUCUACUCUUCUAGUUAUUUUAUUAAG